UAUUAACCAUUAACGUAGAAUAUUAUUUCGAGAGAACAGCUGUCAAUGAUUUCUAAGCAAACAACAAACAAAAAUGAAUUUAAAUCGCGCCAUUUACCUUCAUUCGAUGGAGGACUCUGAUGAAGAAGUAGCAGUAAGGCCCCGGAAACCUAGAGUUUAUAAAACCAGACCCAACUUUUUUGAGGACAUGGAGGACGAUGAGUUCGUGUCUAAGUUCCGAGUUUCGAAGGCUACCUGCUCCCUACUUUUGAAGAAAAUAGGAAAGAAGAUGGAGCACCUAACAUCAAGGAACUAUGCCCUGAGUCCCGAUGAAAAACUGCUGUUGGCCCUACGAUUCUAUGCCUGCCGAAAUUUUUUAGAGGCCGUUGGUGAUGAGCACAAGUUGAGUACAUCCUCGGCGUGUCGAGCGGUUAAGGAAGUUUCUCUGAACAUAGCCGCGCUGUCCAGAGAAUACAUCAAGUUCGGGGAUCCCGAAGAAGUCGUAGAGGAUUUCGAAAGAAUAUCUAAAUUCCCCAACGUGAUGGGCGCUGUCGGCUGCACACACAUUCGGAUUAAAUCUCCAGGUCAGCCCCAAGAUGAAGCGCUUCGCAACCGAAAAGGACACUUUUCACUUAAUGUGCAGGCGGUUUCGAAUGCAGAGUUGAUCAUUCAGGAUUUGGUCGCAAGAUGGCCGGGCUCCACCCAUAAUCACACCAUCUUUGACAACAGUCGAUUGAAGCACAGGUGGGAGUCCGGGGAAUUCGAAAAUAACUUCCUUUUGGGAAAGGGUUACGCAUCAAGCAAAUAUAUGAUGACCCCCGUCAAAAAUCCUAGCACAGAGGCGGAAAAACAUUACAAUGUGUCCCAGCUCUCGGCCCACAACGCCAUUUCCAGAUGUUUUGAGGUUUGGAAACAACGAUUUCCCGUGUUGUCCUACGGAAUGCGAAUCAAUAUUGAUACUGCGAAAGUGGUGAUCGUCGCAUGUGCUGUGCUCCACAACAUUGCCAUCCAGGAAAAAGACCCACUGCCUCCAGCCCCUAUCGAGCAGGAUGUGGCUCUCGACAGGCUUGAGGAGGACGAGGAAUUUGAUGAACAAGUACAUGUCGUGGAUGAGCUUUAUAGAAACAAUUUAAUUAGUAAAUAUUUUGAGAGGUGAUACUAUUAGCAUAGGUCUUAGGGUAGGUUUUAAGAAUAAUCGGCAUCAUUCCUUCGGAGGGUCCUGCAAAAGUGUAAUAAUAGUAAAGUAGCAUUUACUUUUUAACAUAUAUAUGAAAGUUUUGGUUCCUUA